AUGGAAAUUCUGGGGUUGCAGGUGGACGUGAGGACGGGGACAUUGCUGAUAGCAGGGCUGUCGACAGUGUUGUGCUUGCAAUUCAGCGCGACGUUGAUGAUGAAACACAGGUACCACUGGGUGAAGCCGGAGCAGCAAAAGCAGAUCAUGAUCAUCAUUUGUAUGGCACCGCUGUACGCUGUCACGUCCUUCUUCGGGCUGGUGGAGGUGCGCGCAGGCGAGGUGUUCUUCACUAUCCUCGAGUCCAUUAAAGAAUGCUACGAGGCUCUGGUGAUCGCCUCGUUUCUCAAGCUGAUGUACUGCUACUUGAACGUGUCUACGUCCAGCAACGCCGUGCCGGAUGAAAUCAAGGGCCGGCUCAUCCACCACACUUUCCCCAUCACCCUGUUCCAACCCCACGAGGUGAAGCUCGACCAGAAGACCUUGAAGCUGCUGCAGCUGUGGACGUGGCAAUUCGUCGUCAUCCGACCAGCUCUGUCCGUGCUGGUGGUUAGCUUGGAAGCCCUGGACAUGUACGAGGGUUGGCUUUCCUGGGCCAUCACCCUGGUGCUGAAUUGCUCUGUGACACUUGCCAUGUACUCCCUGAUCACUUUCUACCACGUUUUCGCCAAAGAAUUAGCUCCUCACAAUCCUCUGGCUAAGUUCAUCUGCAUCAAGGGAGUGGUGUUUUUCUCCUUCUGGCAGGGAAUUGUGCUCUCACUUCUCGCAUACUCUGGGGUCAUCAGGGCCGAGCACAAAUUCCUGGACCUUUCCCAGGUCGAAGAGGCAUACCAAAAUCUCUUCGUCUGUAUAGAGAUGGUGUUUUUUGGGAUGUUUCAGAUGUACGCAUUCAGCCCAAAGGAGUAUUACUCUACCCAAGAAGAUGUCAAGGUCGAUGCUGUCAAGGGGGAACAAGAAAAGAAAGACGAGUAG